UCUUAUCAAACCCACACACCAUAUACUCCAUAAAAAAAACAAAACAAAAAAGAGCGAGACAGAGAGAAUGACACUACAUGGAUAUUUGUCUACUGAUUUUUACAUAAAGUCUCCGGCGAACGAAUUCUUUGAAACAUGCAUCGACAUACUAGAUCUCCCUAAAUGCAGUGUCACGGAGGAGAUUGAGGCUGUACCUUCGGAGAAAAAAACUACGUUUAGAAUCGAAGGCUUUCAAGUCUCGGAGUGGUACGAGUCGCUCAAAGGAAAAAUCAUCCAUAACGUGUCCACGUGGCAAAACCUGGAUGGGUACAAGAAGCUUGAAGGAACCAUGACCAUCAUUCAUGUGGAAGACAAUAACCUUGACCGUGGGAUAUUCACUGUAAAGUACGAGAAGAUCAGCUCUAACAUCGAAGAUCCAAAAUCCAUCGUGAGCACGUUUGUUGAUUUCUUUACGGAGAUGGAUGAGUUUCUUCUUGAACCUAUUAAUUAGAAUUAUCUUAAUUAAGUGUUAACAGGGUAGAACCCCCGUUUAUUAUAGUUAUAUCUCUACGCUUAGUAUUGCGAUAUAUGGAAUAGUUAUGGUUAAAUAAUGGUUGGCCUAUGGUUAAUAAUUUAUCGAUUUGCAUGCAUAUGAUUGUUGUAUCGACGAUUUUAAUAUAAUGAUUAAUUAAAUU